AUGGCCCAGGACGGAGAAAGCAAGUGCUUCCAGUUUUGCAUGAUCGUAAUAGCGUUAGGUCUCAUGGCAGGUUUUGUGUAUUUUCUUGUGCGGGAAAACACGAGGCCAGGUGACACCAAGUACACGGUGACCAUCACCAGCGUCGACGGCCUGGACCCGGCGCUGGAUCUCCAUAGCGACCGGCAGGUGCUCAGCCCGGUGUUCGGCAUCACCGUGCACAUCGACAACACCCACAACCAGAUCGUUCCGAAGUGUGUCGGUGGCGUCGGCUCGUCCGCGAUCGUGUCAUACGGGGAUGCGCUGCUCGCCAAGGGCGCCGCGCCGUGGUUCUGUGUGCAGACAACAAAGGUGGGAGAGGCCGCUACCAAGGCGUGGGGCUUGAACGUGCAGCUGCCCCACUUCCUGCGAGACCGGCUGGCCGGCGAGCUGGAGAGGGGCCAGGCGGUGGUGGACGUGGCGGUGCGGACUCCCGCGGGUGCUGGCUGUUACAUAAGCGGAUGCCUGGACACGGUGCUUGUCUGCAAGGCCAAGAUCGGCGGAGGUCCAUCCCCGUGUUUUCGUGCCACGACUGUCAGCGGCAAGACAUGA